CUCUGCAGUCUGCAGUGGAUAUGGCGUCACUGAAAAGUGUAGGAGUCGAGAAACUUCACCCAUGUAAAUAACGUCAAUUAGAAAGCUGUGUGACAAGCUACAGCCACAGUACAUAUAUAUAUAUAUAGAUAUACACUAACCAGCUUGUUUUUAAGUAUGCCACGGAAAAAGCCAUUUAGCAACAAACAGAAGAAGAAACAGCUACAAGUCAAACGGGAGAGAAAGAGAGGUGAUACAGGUUCUGGGCCUAGCAGCCGCAAUGCCAGCGUGGAGCGUGGAGGAGAGCGACAGUCAGAUACCUCAGACAGUGAGACCACAGAUAUUAGGAGAUUAAACCAACAGCCUUUCACCAGAGAGGGUAGAUAUGAUCCCAACAGGUUCCGACUGCACUUUGAGAAAGAGAGUAAAGAGGAUGUGGAAAAGAGGAAGAAGAUGGCCAGGGAGAAGGUCCUGCAGCCAGUCUCAGACAAAGAACUCGAAGUGGACAUCAAUGACAUCUAUCCCUCUGAGAAAGGUCUUGGUUUCCCACGACGGCCGUCCUGGAAUUAUGAAAUGACACGAGAGAACCUGCUGAGGAAAGAGGAGAAGUCAUACAGAGACUACCUGGAUGAUCUCCACUCCAGAAACCCACCUGGCACCCUCAGCCACUUUGAGCACAAUCUUGAGACAUGGAGGCAGUUAUGGAGGGUAUUGGAGAUGUCCGAUGUCAUUCUGCUCAUUGUGGACAUCAGGCACCCGGUGCUGCAGUUCCCUCCAGCGCUGUAUCACUACAUCACAGGAGAUCUGCAGAAGCAGGUGGUCCUUGUGAUGAACAAAGCUGACCUGUGUCCUCCCCCACUGGUGAUUGCCUGGAAACACUACAUGACCUCUCAGUUCCCCCACCUGCAAAUAGUCUGCUUCACCUCCCACCCUGGACAGCCCUACAGCACAGUGCUCCAGAAGAAGAGAAUGAGAAGGAAGACAGACUGGAGUCACGCUGGAGGUCCUAUAGAUAUCAUGAAGGCCUGUCAGGAGAUCACAGCAGGGAGAGUUGACCUGUCCAGCUGGGAGCAGAAGAUUCAGAGAGAUGCUGUUGCAGAGAGACUUGAUGGGGAGCGUGCAGAUGAAGGAGCGGAGUCUGUGCUGGUGGAGCAUCAAAGUGACAGUGCUAUGGAGAUGAGCAGCCCAUCACAGGAGCUCUACAAAGAUGGGGUCCUCACAUUGGGCUGCAUAGGGUUUCCAAAUGUGGGUAAGUCAUCUGUUAUAAACAGCCUGGUGGGGAGGAAGGUGGUGAGCGUGUCACGAACCCCAGGCCACACCAAAUACUUCCAGACCUACUACCUCACUCCAACAGUCAAACUCUGCGACUGCCCUGGACUGGUCUUUCCUUCGCGUGUCAACAAACAGUUACAGAUUCUGGCAGGCAUCUACCCCGUGUCUCAGCUGCAGGAGCCCUACAGCUCAGUUGGUUAUCUGUGUGAGAGGACCCCCUUCCUUUCUGUGCUGAAGCUUAAACAUCCUAGCCUGCUGGAAAAUGAACCUCACAACAGAAACCAGGGGUCUGAAGAGCUUAGCUGGACUGCCUGGGAUGUGUGUGAGGCUUGGGCAGAGAGGAGAGGAUAUAAGACAGCGAAAGCAGCACGCAACGAUGUUUAUCGUGCAGCAAAUAGUCUCCUGCGGUUGGCUAUUGAUGGCAGAUUGUGCCUUUGCCUCAGACCACCUGGCUACAGCUGCCUGAGAGAGCAUUGGGAAAAUCACCCAGACUUGCCGGAGAUUAUGGCUCUACAAGGAAGGUUGACGGAGGAGGAAGGGACCGGAGAGAGGGACGAUGAGGAGGACGGGGAAUCCAGCACUGAGCCAGAGGAAGAGAGAGACCGAGAUGCAGAUGAUGAUGAGGAUGGAGAUGGGGAUGAUGAAGAUGAAGGGUUUGGACAUCCAGGACGGAAGGACGAUAAGCCAUCUGGCUUCACCGUCAACAUGUACAAUGUCCUUCGGGAAAAUGAGUGUGAGUGAUGGUGGAGGGAAAGACGAGCAGGAAGAAAUAAGUUGUUCCUCUUCCCUGACUUUUCCCUCGUCUGCCCCAGUGCACUUUUCAUUCCUGUUUUUUUCCCAACCUGCAUUCCUUCUCGUUUUUUCUUCAUGUCGCCACCUCCUCUGUACAUUAACAUGAUCUAUUCUAAUUAAUUCACCCUGACUCCUUCCCCCUAUAAUAUACAGAGCAUAUUCAUGUAUUCCAUGCUGUGCCUCUGCUCUGCUUGUUCAUCCACAAAGCUUGUUCUCUCAUGUUGCUUCUGAGAAUGGGUUUGGUUUGGUUUGAUUUAAUCUUUCUCUUUUUGCAUGUAGUUCUCAAAGACAAAUGAACAAGUAACUUCCCUCAGCCUGGAAUAAUCAGCCGACUGGUUCUCAAUCUCUUCAAUCUCUUUAUUGAUAAGUGACCUCAGAGCUGAGAUGCCAAAGUUCAGGAAAGAAAACAAAUCAGAUGCACUGACAAUAUGAUGUCAUAUACUGGAGCAGCCAUUUGGCUCUCAGAGCAGCUGGAGAUUUAAGACCACGACUCUAAAUCCUCUUUAUAGACCAUAGUAUGUCUCAGCAUUGGUUAAAGGGUGUUAGAUGGGAUAUGGGAGAUAAAACCAUUAUUUCUCACACAGUUUUGCAGUUAUCAGUAUUACAACCCUGUUAGAGGUUCACAUAUCUGAACUUGGUUUUGAUUUAGAUUAUAUAUCUGAGCGUGAUAUUCUAUUUGGUGUGGUUCUGCACAGUCAGCAGGAAAUCUCAGAAAAAACAUCUGGGACAAAGGCGAGGGAAAGGUAGGUUGAAUCCUGCAUUGCUGGACGAGGCUGUUUCAGAAAUUUAACCUGUAGUGUUUUAACUACUACAAAAAUUAUCCUUAGACACUGAUGGAAAUCAGAAACUGUAUUUAGUGUAGGAUUUGGCUACACUCAUUCAACAAGUUAAAUAGAAUCACAGUGGAGCUGAUGUAACAGAGACUGCUUAAAAGUCAGUUAAAGGGAUAGUUUGACAUUUUUGUAGAGAUAAUGUUUCUUGGCUUUCUUGCCAAGGGUUGGAUGAGAAGAUGCCAUUCUUGCAUCUCUAUAGCAAAUAUGAAGUCUGAGACAGGAGACUGUUAGUUUAGCUUAGCACAAAGACUGGAAAACAAGAGGAAAGAGUUAGCAGCUCCAAAGACAAUAACCAUGUUAUAUCUUGUGUAAGAAAAUCAAUUUUUACAGGAGGUCGUGUGCCGGAUUAUUUCUUGGUACCAGACUCUCAGUGGAGGUCUCUGUUAGUUUCUUCCCCUGACAGUUACAUUUAGACAGAGCUAGGCCUGUCUCCAGUCUUUGUGCUAAGCUCAGAUACUGGGCUACUGGCUGUGGCUUCAUAUUCACUGUAAUAACUCUCAUUUAACUGUCAUCAAGAAAGUGCAGUUUACCAAAAUGUCAAACUGGUCCUUCAACCACACAGAAAGAGAGACUGGCCACUACAGCUUCCAUCUGUCUUUCAUUAUAAAUAACAUUACACACUCCAUCUUUGCUAUGUUGUUGGUUUUAUGAAGUAUGGCAGUGUUCAAAUUUAAGAUCUGGUCCUGUAAUUCUGUUAAGACACCUGCUGCAGACAUCCCUCAGUCUAUGUUUUUUAAUACAACUUUCUCUUAAAAAUAGAAAACUGACAUUUUUGCUGUUUGAUCAGUCUCUCUCUCUCUCUCUCUCUCUCUCUCUCUCUCUCUCUCUCUCUCUCUCUCUCUCUCUCUUUCUUUCUUGCUCUCUCUGAUGUAUGGUGGCCCCGCUACAAUCCUGAGUGCUGUAUUAUUACUGUGUGCUGCUGUUGUACCUCAUUGUUCAGCACAGUGCUGUGUUACCAUGUAAUACAUCACACUGCAGCCACAUAUGGUCAUUUCUACCAUUGGUACAAUGUAGAGCAGUUACUCAACACUACCAAAAUUUUAGAAACAGAUGUUGAUGUGGAUUUGUUUUUGUUUUUUAAAUACUGACGGCAUCUGGAGAGUGUGGUGUGAAGGCUUGAGUUGUGUUCAGGCUAUUUGCUGCAUUCCUUAUUUCAUUCCUAGUAUGCCUAAUGACGAACUGGACUGCUUUCUGCAAUAAAAGAAAAUAAUCCUCUAAA